AUGGGUGAUUUUGGGUAUGGAAAGAUCUACAGGUCCCACUUAUUCGGGGAGCCGGCAAUUGUCUCGGCCGACGCCGACCUGAACCGAUUCAUCCUGCAAAACGAGGGCCGGUUGUUUGAGUGCAGCUAUCCGAGGAGCAUCGGGGGCAUUUUGGGAAAAUGGUCAAUGCUCGUCCUCGUUGGCGAUAUGCACCGAGAUAUGAGGACUAUCUCCCUCAAUUUCCUCACAAAUGCCAGCCUCAAAACCCGUCUCUUAGCCGAGGUUGAAAAGCACGCGCUCCUCGUCCUCUCCUCGUGGCCGCACAACUCUGUUGUCCGCGCACAGGACGAGGCCAAAAAGUUCACAUUCAAUUUAAUGGCUGAGCAUAUAAUGAGCCUUCAGCCAGGGAAGCCCGAGACAGAGAAGCUGAAGUUGGAAUAUAUCACGUUUAUGAAAGGCGUAAUUUCUGCACCCUUGAAUUUCCCGGGAACUGCUUACUGGAAGGCCUUACGGUCUCGAUCGACGAUCCUUGGAUUUAUCGAGCGGAAAAUGGAGGAGAGGAUGUUGAUGGAGAAUAGAGGGAAUGAUCUGCUGGGUUGGGUGCUCAACAAUUCAAAUCUAUGGAAAGAGCAAAUAAUGGACUUAGUUUUGAGCUUGUUGUUUGCUGGCCAUGAAACCUCUUCAGUUGCUAUAGCUCUCGCCAUAUAUUUUCUGCAAGGCUGCCCCACUGCACUUCACCAAUUGAGAGAAGAGCAUUUGGGAAUAAGCAUGGCGAAAAGGGAAAGAGGGGAGACAGAGAGAUUGAGCUGGGAUGACUACAGAAAAAUGGAGUUCACUCAAUGUGUCAUAAGCGAGACUUUGAGGCUGGGGAACGUGGUUAGAUUUCUACACAGAAAAGCCCUCAAAGAUGUUAGGUAUAAAGUGUUGCCGGUGAUUGCAGCAGUGCAUUUAGAUGCGUCAGCAUUUGACCAGCCUUGGCACUUCUACCCAUGGAGAUGGCAGCAGCAGGUAAUUUCUUUAUUUACUCUACUCAUUAAU